CGCGAGGUGAUAAGUUGAAGAAACAUGGCGACGUCUAAUUUGUUAAAGAACAAGGGGUCCCUGCAGUUUGAGGACAAGUGGGAUCUGAUGCGGCCCAUCGUUCUCAAGCUGCUCAGACAGGAAGCCGUCACCAAGCAACAGUGGUUCGACUUGUUCUCAGAUGUCCAUGCUGUGUGUCUAUGGGAUGAUAAAGGACCAGCCAAAAUCCACCAAGCCCUUAAAGAGGACAUCUUAGACUUCAUCAAACAAGCACAAGCUCGGGUGCUGAGCCACCAGGAUGACACGGCACUGCUAAAGGCCUACAUUGUAGAGUGGAGGAAGUUCUUCACCCAGUGCGACAUCUUGCCCAAACCCUUCUGUCAGCUGGAGAUCACGCUCAUGGGCAAACAGGGCAGCAACAAGAAAACAAACAUGGAGGAUAGCAUCGUACGCAAGCUGAUGUUGGACACAUGGAACGAGUCAAUCUUUUCCAACAUUAAGAGUCGCCUGCAGGACAGCGCCAUGAAGCUAGUGCACGCUGAGAGGCAGGGGGAGGCCUUCGACUCCCAGCUUGUCAUAGGAGUACGAGAGUCAUACGUGAACCUGUGCUCUAACCCAGAGGACAAGCUGCAGAUUUACAGGGAUAACUUUGAGAAAGCCUACCUGGACUCCACAGAGAGGUUUUACAGAACACAGGCGCCAUCCUACCUGCAACAGAAUGGCGUCCAGAACUACAUGAAAUAUGCAGACGCAAAACUGAGAGAAGAGGAGAAGAGAGCACUUAGAUAUCUAGAGACACGUCGUGAAUGUAACUCUGUUCAAGCACUUAUGGAGUGUUGCGUUAACGCUCUGGUAACCUCAUUCAAAGAGACAAUCCUGGCCGAAUGUCCAGGGAUGAUCAAACGAAACGAGACAGACAGGCUGCACCUGAUGUUUUCGCUGAUGGACAAGGUUCCCAGCGGGAUCGAGCCCAUGCUAAAAGACCUGGAAGAACAUAUCAUCAAUGCUGGACUAGCAGACAUGGUGGCUGCUGCCGAGACUAUCACUACUGACUCUGAGAAGUACGUGGAGCAGUUGUUGACAUUGUUUAACCGCUUCAGUAAGCUCGUAAAGGAGGCCUUUCAGGACGACCCUCGCUUCCUCACAGCAAGAGAUAAGGCUUACAAGGCUGUUGUCAAUGACGCCACAAUCUUCAAACUGGAGCUGCCAAUGAAACAGAAAGGUGUGGGUAUGAAGACUCAGCCGGAGUCAAAGUGUCCUGAGCUUCUGGCAAACUACUGUGACAUGCUGCUGAGGAAAACUCCUCUCAGCAAGAAACUCACCUCAGAGGAAAUCGAGCUCAAACUCAAAGAAGUGCUCUUGGUAUUAAAGUACGUUCAGAAUAAAGACGUAUUCAUGCGUUACCACAAAGCUCAUCUGACAAGGCGUCUGAUUCUGGACAUAUCAGCUGACAGCGAGAUUGAAGAAAACAUGGUGGAGUGGUUGAGAGAAGUAGGAAUGCCUGCAGAUUAUGUGAACAAGCUGGCCAGGAUGUUUCAGGACAUCAAGGUCUCAGAGGACCUCAAUCAGGUCUUCAAAGAAAUGCACAAACACAACAAGCUGGCGCUGCCAGCGGACAGUGUGAACAUUAAGAUCCUGAACGCCGGAGCAUGGUCACGAAGCAGUGAGAAGGUUUUUGUCUCACUGCCCACAGAGCUGGAGGACCUCAUCCCUGAGGUGGAAGACUUCUACAAGAGGAAUCACAGCGGUCGCAAACUCCACUGGCAUCACCUCAUGUCCAACGGCAUUAUCACCUUUAAAAACGAGGUGGGACAGUACGACCUGGAGGUGACGACCUUCCAGCUGGCAGUUUUGUUUGCCUGGAACCAGAGACCUAGAGAGAGAAUCAGCUUUGAGAAUCUCAAACUGGCCACAGAGCUGCCUGACGCAGAGCUACGUCGUACACUUUGGUCUCUAGUGGCCUUCCCCAAACUGAAGAGACAGGUGUUGUCUUAUGACCCUCCAGUUAGCUCGCCCAAAGACUUCACAGACAGCACGCUCUUCUACGUCAACCAGGAGUUCUCACUCAUCAAAAACUCCAAAGUCCAAAAGCGAGGAAAGAUCAAUCUGAUUGGUCGGCUGCAGCUGACCACAGAGCGAAUGAGAGAAGAGGAGAAUGAAGGAAUUGUUCACCUCAGAAUACUCAGAACUCAGGAGGCCAUCAUCCAAAUCAUGAAGAUGAGGAAGAGAAUCAGCAAUGCCCAGCUUCAGACGGAGCUGGUGGAGAUCCUGAAGAACAUGUUUCUGCCUCAGAAGAAGAUGAUCAAAGAGCAGAUCGAGUGGCUCAUUGAACACAAGUACAUAAAGAGGGACGAGGGAGACAUCAACACCUUCAUCUACAUGGCCUAGGCAGCAAGGGAGGGAGCGCUUUCUUGCUCUGUUUUUUACUCCUGGCCUGCAACCGGCACUUAAAGACUCGGCGAGAGGAGAUGGAACAAAAGGAUGUGUGUGAGGACAAGGAGAAGGGUGAAGAUAAGUGGGGAGUGUGUUGAAGAAUGAGGAGGAGCCUUUUCAACAAAAGCGUGGGUAUUUAUUUGUGUUUGUGAGAUGCCAGUGUGUUACCGAGGUGAGAUCAGACUGUCUGUCUGUCUCUACCGUCCUCUAGUAUCGAUCAGAGCAGAGGGACGCCGCCUGCCCGUAGCUGGAAUGAAAAGACAUAGUGACAUAAUUAAAUUAAAUACUUCCUGCCUUACUUUGUCAGCAAUGGACUGCAGAGGAGGAGCUGUGAGGAGGGAACGGAGGACAGAUGUAACAAGCUGAUAUCAAUCCUUUGCUUUCACUUAAUGCCACAGCUGCCAUCUUAGCGGCAGCCAUUUUGCAUCCCUCCUAUUCUACAUUUGUCUUAUUUUUGAACUGGGAAUGCAAAAAAAGCCGUGAGUGAAAGCUGCCAUUGAGGAGGAGCGGACACCGAUGGAUUAGCUCAAACUACCGAGGAGUAUUUUGCCAAAUUGUGUGUGUGUGUGUUUGUGUGUGUGUGUGUGUGUGUGUGUGUGUGUGUGUGUGUGAGAGAGAGUGAGUGUGAGUGAGUGUGUUAGUGUGUGUUUGCAUGCAUGGUGUGUAUCUGGUCUUUUAGGUGUGUGUGUGUAUGUGUGUGCACUUUCAACAGCAUGCUGCUCUAUGAUUUUUGUUUGUUUGUUUAUUGGAGGAUCUGUCACACUUUGUGGUUGUGUCUGAGAAAGCUGGGGAAUCAAGACCAGCCGCGCGUUUUAUAUGCUGAUAUUUAGUUUUUCUUUUUAUCCCCCGUGGCAGGUAAAGUUUGUCAACAGGUAUACAGGUAUUGUCUGGAGACCCCUCUUGUCUGUCUUGGGAAAUGAUCAUACUGCAAACUAUUUAGCAAGCAUCAGAGAGGGAAUCGUCUAGAAUUGUGACCAGGUAAUCAAAAUAAAAUAGAAACACAAAAGCUUCUUUAGACUAGAUUGAAGCUCCAUGGCUGAAUUUCACCUCAUUAAUCCACUAAGAGUGUCAUUCUUAAUCUUUGCACAAUGUCAGUACCAGGAAGGUGCUGUUAAACUAGAAAAACAAAAUGUAUGGAAGCCCAUUUCUGCCAGUAAAAGGAAAAAAAAGAAAGUUUAGCCAUGUAAUUUAAAAAAAAGGAUCCUGAAGGUCAGUAUAAUGAAAAACCUUCCUGAAAUGAUGAGUUAAUAUCUCAAAGUAAUGAAUGAAAUAAUAAUAAGCUUUUCAAAAUAAUGGCUUUUGAGAUACUAAGUUAUUAUGUUGCAAUAUUACGUCAUUCAUUAGACAUAAUAAUACAUAUCGUAUUUUGUAAAAGUUUCUCUUUGUCACUUAGGGGAUAUUUUUUCAUUUUUUGUUUUCCUUUAUGGCAGAAAUGGGCUUCCAUACAGUUUAUUUCAUUGAGGUUUAAAGUGAAUGAGCUGCUGUGUUUAGAGGAUCUUCCCUGUCUGAGCUAUUGUGGAGUUCAUCUAGCCAUCAUGGUGUGUGUGUGUGUGUGUGUGUGUGUGUGUGUGUGUGUGUGUGUGUGUGUGUGUGUGUGUGUGUGUGUGAGUGAUGCCCUCUCUUCUCCUUUUCUGCCCUAACUCGCACAUCCAACAGACAUGACUCUUAAAAAGAAAUGUCUCUCAUUCUCACAGUGAAAGUUGUAAAGCAGCCAGUUGGUGCGAAGAUGUUUGGUUACAUAUCUUUUAAUUGUCUUGAUGAUGACAACAAUGUGGUGGCUAAUUUGAGUUCCAUUUAUUGGUUUUUAUUUUCAUUCUGAGUGAAGAAGCUACACACUACGAUCAAUACUUCCCUCUGAAGGAUAAGCUCUGACUUAUCACAGGUUAUUUUGAUUUUAUUCUCAAUGGCCAUAUAUGCAUGUAGGGGUGUUGUGGAGUCCAGUCCACUGUAGGAAAUAGAGAGAAACUCAUUCCAGCAUUCAACUGAAGCUGCUGUGAUGCUGCAGAGGUCGAUCUGUCUCUUCAGUACUGAAUUCCAUCCGUGUAUUACACUAGAUGUUCUGAGUUUCAGCUAUUAGCUGUUAGCACUUUCUACCUCUCAUACAACUCAGACAACUCUCUCUGCCUCCCCGACUACAGCCACUCAGGGUCACAUGUUUUGUUAGCCUACAACAGUGACCUCACUGUUUUUGCAUUGUUUGACAAUUUUUGCAAGCUGUGAUGACAACAACUGGUGGUCAGUGGUGUGUAGUAGAGCCAGUGUUAACUUCUCACAGAUGUAAAUGUUGGCCUACAAGUAACAAGAAAUUUCAGUACAGAAAUGCCAAAGAAAUUGUUGGAAGUCAUUUAAAAACAAUGCCUCUAUUACACAGUUUCUCCACCACAGAGCAUUCAUUCAAGAUCAUUUUUCAAAUGUAAAAUGUCUGUUCAGUUAAUAUCAUUAAAUUCUUCCUAAAACACAAACAAACAAACAAACAAAAGUGGGACAUCGGCUUCAGCUGAAUGUUGGAUGACAUUUUUGCGGGAACUGUGGAUUUCAUAGUUAUUUCUUUUCCUUUUCUUACAGUGGAGGCCAGUUUGAAAACGUGGCUGGGUUACUGGGAUUGAGGAAGCUCUCUACAUACAAUUGUUCAGAGAGUGUUAAAGGUCCAGUGUGUAGGAUUAGGGGGAUAUUUUGGCAGAAAGGGAAUAUACUAAAUAUCUUUUCUUUAGUGAAGCAUCACCUGAAAAUAAGAAUCCUUGUGUUUUCGUUACAUUAGAAUGAGCCAUUUAUAUCUACAUACGAAGUGGGUCCUCUUUUACAGAGUCCGUCAUGUUUCUACAGUAGCCCAGAACAGACAAACCAUACACUGGCUCUGGAUAGGUACAUUACCAUUUUCACUUUGGCCACAGUAGUUAGCAGCCCCUCACAUCGGAGAAACACAGAUUUUUAACAUGGAACUGCUUUAUUCAGUGUUUUCACUGGUUCAGAUCACUGGGUUCAUUUGUUUUGGAGAGGAAGAGACCUCUGCAUAUUAUUUAGCUCAUGGUAAAACCUCUUGAGCCCCAGAAUCUUAAGUUAAGAGAGAAAAAAAGGUGAGCACUCAUUAGCAGGUGCUGGAGCCAGUGGCUCAUCUGCAAUGAACUAAACAGCAUUGGAGAAACACUGAUUUCUCACAUGCUUUAUUCAGUGUUUUUAUGGGUUUUAACCACCUGGUCUGGUUGUUUUGUAGAGGAGGAAUAGACCUCUGUGGAUAAAUUGGCAGCUGUUAAAAACCUCCUCAACAAUGAACACAGGAAUCCUUAAUGGGAGUUCACGCUUGGCACACAGAAGAAGUUUCAGUUGGUUGAAAUCUGCAAAUCCUCACUGCUAGAUGCCACUAAAUCUUACACACCUCUUAAAUACAAAUUUAAAAAAUCUGAACCUUUAUUCCAAAAUGAGAUAUUUAAUAUAGAAAAUUAUACUCUCAUAGAGUGAUAUCUGGCAUGAAACGAAUUCACAUGUGGGAUGAUAUUUAAAGUGGAAAGAGACAACUUUUCAGCAUUUGUUUUAUGCUUUACGGUUCAAAUGAAUACAUAGCAAUGGAAAACUUGAUCCUAAACACUCCCCAUGUGACAAAUCCACCAGCUUCUUUACACAUUUUCAUUGGCUGCAACUCUGUUCUGCUUUUGUCAGAGGUAGCUAUAGGGAGUUGACAGGUGGUGUUUGUGUGUGUCCUCCAGUGGCUGAAUGCUAUUAAAAACAUAUUUGUACAUGUUAAAGCAACUGAAAUACUGUUGUCACACCAGCAUUGGCACAGUGUGUAUUUUCACACCCACUGAGUUGCAUCACUGCGUUCUUGCUGCUGAUGCUGCUUAUACUGUACAUUUAACAUAUUUUAGGUUUUAAAAAAUUCCCACAGCAGCUCCCCACGUGUUCAGGGUGAAUACAGGGUCUGCUGCACAAACGAUCGUACAGUGAGUUAGAAAGGAACAGAGCUGCUAUGUCAAAACAAGAUUAUCAGUUGCACUGAGAUCAGAAGAGCGCUUUACUCUGCAAGCAUGCAUGUCAAAAACACUGCAUUUGAAAAAUCUGAAAAAUGAGGCUUCGUCCAUUUCAAAUCAUUUGUCACCAAUGUACUGCUAUGAUUUAACUAGGUUAUAUUUUAUAAGAGUAUGUUGCUCUGCUCUGAUGUUGGAUUUCCUGUUGAACUGAGCAUGAGCUCAUGUGGGCAGAAAGGAAGAGAAGAGACAACAGUGAAUGCUUAGAAAUGAUUUUUUUUUUUUAAUAUUUAUUCUAUAUUUAUGAUGAAUGUUACUUUCUCUGUCACUUGAAAUGGUUUUUGUUUUCCAUGGUUUGCUUUUGGAAAGAUGUUUUCUUGGUGUACAUUCAUAGAGCUAACAGUAUUUUUCUACUGCAACUCUCUCUUCUGUUUCACAUUAAGAAAAAGAUACAACAUUUUAGCCUCAUUUAAUUCACGCUCCACUUUAAAGAAUUUAAUCAUACCUGAGGUUUGUCCAAAUCCUGAGGUUGCUGUUCACCAUCUCUGACUACAAGACCAGGAUGUUGGCAAUAAUCACAUUUACAUUUCACACACUUAAAAGCCAAAAGAGUUGUCUUGGUAUUAUGGUUUUCUGAAUGCAGUGAGGCUUUUUUUUUAUUUUUUAAAUGUCUGCCUUGUUGAACCUGAGAUGAAAUUAACUCCCCAUGUCAGUCCCAUUAUGCAGAUUUAUCCUCUAUGCACAGAUCUGGCUCAGUUAUUUUUUUUGCAGAUGACAUCCGGUUUUUAAACUUCCAAACAUCCUCCAGUGAGUGCAGUGAAUUGAGUCCCAGUAAAUUGGGACUUUUUGAAUGUCAAAAAUCCAUUCUUUUUUUUUUUUGAUCAACAAAUUACUUAACAGCUUUAAUGCAGUGAGCUCCACUCAUUCGGUCCCCUCCAACUAAUUUAAAGAAACGCGAAAAAAUAAUUUGCGUAUAUACUCUCUCAUCCACCUCAAACAAUGACUGAUAUGCUGCAGGUGAUGCAUCUUGUACUCUUCUUCAGAAAAACUGUCAGAACACAGUAUGUGCGAGUCUGAGCCGACUGCAGAGCUUUCAGACCGGAGCUUUAAACAAACUACACAGAAAAUAUAUUUUAACUUUCCUGUCUAAGUGUUUUCAGUGUACAAGGAUGUCACUUCCCACUGUUUUUUUAAAAUACAGAUACUGAUCUCAUUUUACUGCCCUUUUCAUUAGACAUUUUGUAUUUUCAGCCAUGUUCAACAAUAACUGAAUGUGUUAUAUUUUCUCCAAUCAAUAAUCAGUGUUAGUUGGUGAAGCUGAAACAUUUCUACAGCUUUUUUUCAGUCAUAUGAUCAGACACUUCUGGUUAAACUUCAAUCAAGUUUUAAGGGUAACUUUAGUAUUUUGCAGCCUGGACCCUAUUUUCCCAUGUUUCUGUAUCAAUUUACGUCCACUGAAAGUGUUUGUUCUUGCCACUGACAGGCUCAGAUUGUUAUUAGAAGUGUCUGACAACAUUAUGCAAAGGAGCAUGACAGAGAUAGACCUUUAUGUUAAAGAGUAAGAUCCUUUUUGUUUUACCAGAAACAGCCUGUAAUUGCCAUUGCCACACUCAUCAGACUCAAUUUCAGUAAAUAUGAAUGUUGUCCUUCAUUUAAAGUCGACAGAAACAAAAUAAAACUUAAAAAAAAGUCUUGAUUAUUCUUUCCAUUGUUCCAACAAUCAUUAACUCUGGUUUGGUUGAGAUAAACCAUUAAUAUUCAACCAGUUAGAUGUAAAAAUAUUUUGGCUCUAUAAAAUUACUAUUUAUUUAAAUGGUGUCUGGUGGGUUUGGCAAUGGUGAUGGCGAUGGUGAUGGCGGGGCUGUUUCUGGUUAAACAAAAAGGAUCCUUCUCUUUGACAAAAAGGUCUAUCACUUUAGGAGUCCUUUCCAUAAUGUUGUCAGAUACUUAUGACCUAUCAGUGGCAAAAACAAGUACUCUUAGUGAACAUAAAUUAACAGUGCUCAAGUGACCGCAGGGAUUACAUUGCACCUGGUUUUGCUUGCUCACUACUAGACAAUGUCCAAAAAUGUUGUCUCCAUUUGUCCCUUAGACACACAAAUACCAAAGUUACCCUUUAAAGAAGUGGAAAGUGGGUUUUGGUUACCAUAAUUGCUGUGUUUUUCUCAUUAGAUACCCUGUACCCACCCAUCAGCCCGGCCUGCACAGGUGGGCAGACUUACCUGUAGCCUUGCAUAAUGACAAAACUUGAACUAAACACAAUCAGUCACAGCCUAAACCAGCUGAAUGUUUGCCACUACAUCAAGUAAAGACAUUAAACGUUGUGUCAUUGGAGAGUGGGAGGAGAGUGGUUUCAACUACUUUCAUGUGCAGCAUUGUUUUGCUUGUUUAAAAUAUUUUUUAAAGUUGAAUAAUGUAUUUCCUGGCAAAAUAAAGCUGUAAACAACUGUAAAGAUAGAGAUUUCUGUUUUUCUUCGCUUCCAGACCCAAGUCAAAGACUUUAGAUUUGUUUCAAAGAGGCUUUCUUUCCAGUGAAACAAGUUACUCUGUAUGAUUUGUAUGGUCAACUAUAGGGACAACUUUAAAUCGAAGGAUACGUUUUAAAAUGGAUUAACUCAUUUAUGAUGGCAGGAGGGUCAUGCAUUUUCUGCCAGUCACUCAAGGAGGCUCAUGGUAAAAUACUGUUCCUUCAGGGAGGGUCUAAAUAAAAAAUAAAAACAAAAGUCACACUCCAGCCACCAUAGGAUGAUGCCUAUAGGAUAGAUAAAACAUGAUAAAAUGUCCUCUUGGGUGCCCAUCCAGGGAAGAAAAUAACAUGAAGUAAUGAAGUAAGCAUGCCGUCCAGGGUGCCUUUGAAAUAAGAAAAUGUGUUGCAAUGCCAUAUAGACUGCCAUCCAUGCCAAGAUCCUUUCUAAGAGCUGGAGUCCCACUGCCUGUGGUGUCCUUU